AUGCUCCGGGUGAGCGGGCAGCACUUUGACGACAUGUCAUGUGUCACGAGUUCGAGAGUUUUCCUACUCGGCUCGAAUUUCAAUCUCUUCCUCUCGGGUAUGGAAGGUGAGGAUGGGUCGAAAGAAUCUACAGAUCCUCAUUAUGUUCGCAUAAUUGAAAUCUCCAGAUACCAAAGCAGCACCACCACUUCCCGCAGACGUCCAGUGAGGGUCAAUCACACUAUGGUCGAGCAUGUGUACCUAUUGAUUUCGAAAAAAAAUUACUUGCGAAUGCUCCCGACACCCGAUGGCAAGAUCAUCGCCUUCUCGACUCAUAUCAGUAGCCCUGAACCCUCCACCACCACCGGCAGCGUAUCUGAUGCACCAUCUGUAGUGGAUUUUGAGCUCUACCAUCCAUAG